AUGCUGGAUCAAUAUAAUGGCGACCUGUUCUGCAUUUUACUUGCUAAUCUUUCCAAGAAUGAUCAAGUUACAAAACUGUUUGAAUUCAAGAGACAGAAGAGAUCAGCCGAUUCCACUGAUUCCAACAAAAAGACGCCAUCUUCAGAGAUAGUCACCCUGGAAAAUGAGACUUUCAAGUCUGAUAAUGUUAUGGAUUGCCUCAUGGACUGUUUUGUCAAGGGAAGUGAGCGCACUCUCAAUAAAAUGGCGGAUUUCGACUAUUUGGCCUUUUUCUUUGCCGAUAUUUCGAGAUUCAGGGAGGGCAGAGAAUACUUUGUCACUGAACAAGAAUAUGAUGGAGUGGUGCCAAUUACCAAAUUAUUGGUAUUCACUGAGUCGGAGUCUAAGACUCGUCGUGCAGGUGUGGCUUCCACUAUCAAGAAUUCCUUAUUCCAGGUUCAGGCCCACGAGAAACUUGUUACCGAUCCCUCAAUCAACUUGCUACCUUAUAUUUUGCUGCCUCUUGCCGGACCAGAAGAUAUUCCUGAAGACGAGCUCUUCAAUCUCCCUGAUGAGUUACAGCUCCUUCCUCCUGAUAAGAAGCGUGAUCCCGACCACCAAAUCCUGUGUACCCAUGUGGAGAGUCUGUUGCUGCUGUCAACGACAAGGCCCAUGAGAGAGUACAUGAGAGAAAAGAGUGUGUAUCCUAUCAUUAGAGAACUGCAUUUGGCUAUUGAUGACGAAGUCGUCCAAGAUCCUUGUGAAAGAUUGGUUCAAAUGCUUAUGAGAGAUGAGGCACCUGAAGAAAAAAUCACUGAAGAGGAUGAUGAAGAUGGCGACGAGAUUGUAGAGAUUUUGUAG